AUGUCGUCGGUAAAAGUGGCAGUCCGUGUCCGGCCAUUCAAUAACCGGGAAUACAGUUAUAAUUGUAAAAACAUUAUCUCGAUGUCCGGUCAGACAACAACGAUAUCCAAUCCAAAGAUUGCCGACUCGUACAAGACGUUUACCUUCGACUAUUCUUACUGGUCGUGCGACCCGUCGGAUCCCAAUUUUGCCGACCAGACCACUGUCUACAGGGAUAUCGGCGAAGAGAUGUUGGCCCAUGCCUUCGAAGGCUAUAAUGUCUGUAUCUUUGCCUACGGUCAGACCGGUGCCGGUAAAAGCUAUACAAUGAUGGGCAAACAAGAUGGCGACGAAGGUAUUAUACCGCAUAUAUGCAAAGAUCUGUUCAAUCGGAUCCAGUGCGACGACAACGACCAAGUGAUGUAUUCGGUUGAGGUGUCGUAUAUGGAAAUCUAUUGCGAACGGGUCAGGGAUUUGUUGAAUCCGAAGAAUAAGGGUGCGCUACGGGUCAGAGAGCAUCCGGUACUCGGACCCUAUGUCGAGGAUUUGUCAAAGUUGGCGGUCACUGCUUACGAAGAUAUCCGUGAUAUUAUGGACGAAGGAAACAAAGCCAGGACUGUCGCCUCGACUAACAUGAAUGAGACCAGUAGUCGAUCGCACGCCGUCUUUACCAUAAUAUUUACUCAGCUAAGGGAAGACCAGAUGACUGGGUUGACCAGCGAGAAGGUCAGCAAAAUAUCGUUGGUUGACUUGGCUGGCUCAGAACGAGCUGAUGCUACGGGUGCUCAGGGAACGAGGCUUAAGGAAGGAGCAAAUAUUAACAAAUCGUUGACAACAUUGGGAAAAGUGAUAUCAGCUUUGGCUGAAAUAGCAAUGAAAAAGCGAAAGAAAGCCGAUUUUAUACCCUAUCGUGACUCAGCCCUAACUUGGCUUUUACGGGAAAAUUUAGGCGGAAACUCUAAGACAGCAAUGAUUGCGGCACUGAGUCCGGCGGACAUUAAUUUUGAAGAAACACUGAGUACUCUCCGAUACGCUGACAGAGCCAAACAAAUUGUCUGCAAAGCCAUCAUCAACGAAGACGCCAACGCAAAGAUCAUACGCGAACUUAAGGAUGAAAUUUCAAGACUCCGAUCGCUGUUGCGUAGCGAAGGUAUAGAUCUGGAGGAAAAUGGUUCGUCGAUUUCGGUUCAGACGGCAGCCGAUGUCAAGCGGCGAAGCGGUUCCGUAUCCAUUGUCAGCGAGAAUGCCAUCGAACAGCUACAGGAAAGCGAGAAACUGAUGCUCGAGUUGAACGAAACGUGGGAACAAAAACUAAAGAAAACGGAAGUCAUACGCAUUCAACGGGAGGCAGCACUGGCCGAGAUGGGAGUGGCCACCCGUGAGGAUGGCGACGCUGUCGGUGUUUUCUCGCCCCGCGAAACACCACAUUUGGUCAACUUGAACGAAGAUCCGCUGAUGUCCGAGUGUCUCAUCUAUUACAUCAAAGAUGGAUUCACUCGAGUUGGCCAAUCAAAUGCCGACAUUCCUCAGGAUAUCAAACUGAACGGAACGUUCGUAAUGGACGAACACUGUAUCUUCGAGAACCGGAACAGUCGGAUAACAUUGAUUCCGUGCAAACAGUCCCUGUGCUUUGUUAAUGGCAAACAAGUUGAUCGGCCCAUCGAAAUCAGAACCGGUUCCCGAGUAAUACUUGGCAAAUAUCAUGUGUUCCGUUUCCAGCAUCCGACUCAGGCCCGCGAAAAUCGUGACCGUAGCCGAUCUCCCUGUACGGAACAACCGCCACCCGGACCCUUGCAAGCAGUCGACUGGACCUAUGCUCAGAUGGAACUGUUGGAAAAACAGGGAAUCGAUCUGAAACAAGAAAUGGAACAAAAACUGAUAGUAAUGGAGGAACAGUAUCGCAAAGAGAAGGAAGAAGCGGAUCAGCUGUUCGAAGAACAACGAAAAACUUACGAACAAACCAUUGAACGUUUGCAAAAACAAGUUAACGAACAGUCGAUGACAAUGUCGUCGAUGUACGCGUCGACAGUGUCGUCGAUGACCACAAACAAUGACAAACUGCUGGCCGAUGACGAUGUCUUUGGUGUCGACGAUGACGGCGGCGGUGUUGGUGGCGGUGACGACUAUGUCUGGACGGAUCGGGACAUUGAAAUUGCUCGAAGAGCGGCCAAAAAGUGGAAAUACCAUCAGUUUACUAGUCUUCGCGAUGACCUAUGGGGUAACGCCAUCUUUCUCAAGGAAGCCAACGCCAUAUCGGUUGAACUGAAAAAGAGAGUACAGUUUCAGUUUGUUUUGCUAACGGAUACCAUGUAUUCGCCGCUACCGCCGGAAAUGGUCAACAAUUUCCAAGAGGUUCACUUGAGCGUAGUCGACGUCGACGACCAACUGCCAGCCGACGAACGGCCAUUUCCGCGGACAGUGGUUGCCGUCGAGGUUACCGACUUGAAGAACGGCGCCACACAUUACUGGUCGCUCAACAAACUGAGACACCGUCUGGAGCUUAUGCGACAAAUUUAUUACAACUAUUCUGUUGAGCCGACAAAUAGCGACUAUUUGCUAAAUUGUCUGACAAUUGCGGCCGAAAAACUCAGAAGUCCUGUGUUUAGUGAAGACAGGCAACGCUUGGAAGCGAUGCGCGAAAUGUAUAGAAACGAUGAGACAAACAUUUCGCCGCAAUCGCCGACCGAAUGCUCGCUUAUGGAGUCCACUUCAGGCGGUGACCCGUUUUACGACCGGUUUCCAUGGUUUCGUUUGAUUGGCCGAACCUAUGUUUAUCUAUCCAAUCUAUUAUAUCCGAUCGGUGUCAUCCAAAAGGUUCCCAUUGUCAACGAAAAAGGUGAUAUCAAAGGCUACCUCCGAGUGGCCAUCCAGUCGGUAACGGCCGAUGAAGAAGAACAAGUGAUGAUGAGCGGCGGCGGCGGCGGCGGUGAAAAUUCUUGUGCAAUAAGACAAUCGGCGCGAAUCAACUUCGACGACACGGAUGAAGCCCUGAUAAAGAUUGACAGAAAAUACAGAUUACAAGAAGCAGCCAAUUCGUUGUUUACAUCCUCGUCGUCGUCGACAUCGAUGGCAGCCAACCAGAUAACCGAUGGACUGACCACCGAUGACCAACAGAACAACAACUAUGAACUUAAUGUCGAAUACGAUUCAAAUCAGCAACUGAUUGGCCAACACUUGUUGCCGAUCGUUGGUGGCGGCGGUGGUGGUAAAGAGUUUACAUUUCGGGUAACAAUACUACAGAUAUCGGACAUCAGUAAAGAUUACGGGGAUAUCUUUUGUCAGUUUAAUUUUCUUCAUCGACACGACGAAGCAUUUAGCACUGAACCCAUCAAAAAUACGGGUAAAGGUCCGGCACCCGGUUUCUAUAGGGUCCAGAAUAUUACCGUCGCGGUUACCCAAUCGUUUGUCAACUAUUUGCGUACACACCCACUGGUCUUCGAGCUGUUUGGUCACUAUCAACAACAUCCGCUGCACAAGGAGGCCAAAGAUGAUCGCGAUCUGAUUGUUGUCCAACAAAAUAUAGUAUCGCGUCCACCGCCGCGCCAUAUGUUUCCCCAAUCGGUUCCCAUAUCGUUGCCAAUCAGAUCCCAAAAGUUUUCCUGUCUGUCACCGUCGCCCAGUACUGCACUGGUCUACUCCAAGUACGACCUACUCAUUUGGAUGGAAAUCUGUGAACUCGGUUCCUCUGGUGACUACAUCCCCGUAGUGGUCGACCAUCACGACGACACCCCAUGCAGGGGAACCUUUCUGCUGCAUCAGGGUAUCCAACGUCGACUUCGGGUAACCAUUGUCUACGAACCCGACCAGGAAGUCGGUUUCAAAGACAUACGCGAAGUGGUUAUCGGCCGAAUUCGUACGCAACCCGAUUGUCCCGAUAAUACCGAUGACGACGACGACCCGUCCAUCAUAUCGUUGGGUUUGUUUGGCGGCGAAUAUCUGGAAAAAUUGAACAAUCGAUGUGUCUAUCGGUUUGAGGCCGCAUGGGAUACAUCAUUACAUAAUUCAUUGCUAUUGAAUAGGGUUACCCCGUAUGGGGAACGCAUAUAUCUAACUGUUUCAUCAUAUCUAGAGCUUGAAAACUGUACGCAACCGGCAAUCAUAACCAAAGACUUUUGUCUGAUACUGUUUGGCCGCGACUCGCGAACCAUACCGAGGCUGACGCCCAAUACAAAAGUCCUGAAGAAUAUAUUGAGCGGCGCCUACAGAGACGCCAACUCCAAUCACAUUAGUACCGUCUAUGAGCUGAUCUUCAAGCGAGCGGUCGAUUCGGGCAGUCCGGGUGUUCAGCGACGGCAGCGGCGAGUAUUGGACACUUCGGGUGCCUAUGUCAGGGGCGAAGAAAAUCUGAAAGGUUGGCAACCGAGAGGCGAUUCCCUAAUCUUUGACCAUCAAUGGGAACUGGAAAAAAUGAAACGUAUUGAAGAAGUGGAAAAAGUCAGACACAAACUGCUGGUCAAAGAUUGCCUGAAGAAUAAGGACAGCGGCAGCUAUGAGGACAUACAGUUUACGUCGGCAAUGAAGACAAGCAGUUCGCGUCUGAGUUUAAUACUGGCCUCACCCACCAAUCCGACGGCCGCCAGUCAGUUUGGUGCSGCCGGCGAUAGCAGUGUCUACGAUCCAUGGGAUAUGACCGACAGGGAACGGGAACUGUGCGCCAAAUGUGUUCAACUCAUCCAAACGCAUAUACCAAUGAAACCGGCGCCACAGCUGACCGCCAUCAAGAAGAAUUCGUUGCCAACGCCGACCACCGAUGAUGUAUCGCUGGCCUCGUCGCUAAGUCCCGAUGUACUGUCACCCGAUAAGUCCAUCAAUGCUGCCAAUUGGCUGAAAAAGUCGGCUAUCGAUCACCAAACAGCAAACCAGUUGCCACCGCAACAACAACAGCAGCCAAACAGUAGUAGUAGUAGUAGUGACCAAAUGCUGGGAACCGAUAUCAAGCCGUCGUUUGUGGCAGAAAUCGAAGAAAUCCGUGUGAGUCCUAUCAUCUCGAAGAAAGGUUAUCUGAAUUGUCUGGAAGAUCGGACGGGUUGUUGGAUAAAAAAAUGGGUAUCAGUUAAGCGGCCCUAUCUGUUCAUCUAUGAUCACGAAAGAGAUCCCAUUGAACGAUGUGUUAUCAAUCUGUCGGCCGCACUGAUCGAGUGCUCCGACGAUCAAAAACAGAUGCUAAAAGUGGCCAAUGUUUUCUCCAUUGUUACCAAAUAUAGCGGUUUUCUGAUGCAAACCUCGACGGACAAAGAAGUACACGAAUGGCUCUACGCUAUCAAUCCAUUACUCGCCGGUCAGAUCAAGUCGAAGACUUCGCGGACCAAUCGCGGCGAUGUUGUUGUGACCAAUAAUUGUUGUGAUGAUAGUCAUCAGGGAUUAGUUAUCGGAGAUAAUGAUACCAAUCAGUGCUCCAUUUGAUCUCUUAUGGG